CUGUCGCUCAGUUGUUGCAUACUUCUCGGGGUGUUCAUUCGACGUGCACCAUAAAGAAAAAAAAGACACUUUAUUAAACAAUUCGAAAAGCUCACAGGGAGCUGCUGGGCAAACUAUUGAAACUUUAAAUUUUUAUAACUCACCCGCCUAGAAGCACGCAGCACAAAUUUUACGCCAUGUGCAAUAAGAAACUGUUACUGCUGCUCCUGUUGUUAACAGUUGCUGCAGUUGCAAGCGGCGCUGAGGCGGAGCCGGAGGAUGCCGACGCUAUGACCAUUAGCCCUGCAACGCCUGGCGCACAGGAAGAGGCAAGAAACAUGGUUAAGCGUGCACCGACAUCCAGCUUUAUUGGUAUGCGAGGCAAGAAGGAGCAAGACGCAUCGGCAGAUGCCAAUUGGUUCGGCCCCGAUCCUUUGGAUUAUGGCGAAGAAGAUGAGGACAACUCGUACUAUGAGAACGGUAGAAGGCUCAAGAAGGCUCCAAUGGCCUUCGUUGGCAUGCGCGGCAAGAAGUUUUCGCCGAAUACCAAUCGACUACGCGAUUUACUGCAGAACAUGGAGGAGCAGCGUCUGCGAGAGAGUUUCCUGCAAGAAUUCCUGAACAAUUUGGCGACAGAUGGCGGCGAUGUGGCCAAGCGAGCACCCACCGGAUUUACUGGCAUGCGUGGCAAGCGACCGUCCUUGUCCGAAAACGAGGACGAUGAGGACGAUGCACUGGAGCUGCUGGAAAAACGCGCCCCUGUCAACUCCUUCGUAGGCAUGCGUGGCAAAAAGGAUGUUUCCCAUCAGCACUACAAGCGCGCGGCUCUUUCAGAGUUGUGGCGCCAACUCUCCAAAAAGGCUUUCGAUGUGCGCGGCAAGAAGCAGCGAUAUGCGGACUUUAACAGUAAAUUUGUGGCUGUGCGUGGCAAGAAGAGUGCGCUGAGCGAUGCCAAUGGGGCAGCAGAGGAGAAUUUGAUUCAGCCCUGGGUCUAUGUCAUCGGUGGCAAGCGGGCGCCCAGCGGUUUUCUUGGCAUGCGAGGCAAGCGUCCUGCCCUGGUGGAGUAAGCGAACGGGAUGGACGGAACGGAACUGGUGGCACAGAUAGGCGAGCGCUUCCUCAUUUACAUUUGACGAAUGACAGUCGGAAGUUCCUUUUAAACUAGGCAAAUACAAUGUUAUAAAUAAUCGCUGGGCUGGAGAUUAUUUAGAACGUGAGCACAC